AUGAAUCGAGUUACAAGUCUAACAGUUCCCGAAAAUAGAAAUGUGGAACUCCUGACCCAAGCAUUCGUAGCAUUCGCCACCAGUGAAGAGUACUCGCUGGAAGCGUAUACAGUAUUCUUCACCUGGGAAUCGGAAGAUCCACGACUUGCAGGACAGGUAGCUUAUCUCGGGGAUCGUAUUUUGAGCGAGUUGGGCAGUCGAGUGGCGGUGCAGUUGGCGAACGACCUUUCGGUGUUCAUUCGGAGACCGCGAGUUUUCAACAACUUUUUCGUAGACGGUUUGGAAGCCUUCAAAGCCAUUUACAACAGUAUUUCUCCCGAUUUCUUCAGCUUUAACGGCUUUUACAUGGUGGUUGUUAUUGGAGAGUUCCCGCUGUUUGAGCAACAAUCGAUGACCGGUGAAAUUCUGCGGCUCAUGUGGAAGUUGUACGUGGUUAAUGUUCACGUUCUUUUUUCUGAGCCAAAACAAGGAUUUGUCCUAUCUUACACGUUCUUUCCCUUCACUGUGAAGUUUUGUGAACAGGUUGAGCCUACGGUCUGGAAUAUUUACUUCAAUGGACGUUUCUUGAGCAAUCGAAAGCACUUUCCGUCGAAGUUGACGAAUCUUCACCAAUGUCCGCUGCAUGUUCCUGUUUAUACGUAUUCGGCGUUCAUGCAGCUUGAACAUGACGUGCAAGGACACUUGACCAGAGUUUUUGGAGUAGAUGUACGUUUGUUGAGGUACCUCUCGAGAAAGCUUAACUUUUCGUACGUCUUUCACGAGGUACCCGACAAUCUAAGGUUCGGAUUGAUUUAUGAAAACGGAACGGCAACCGGAGCCAUGCAGAUGGUCAUCAGUGGUCGAGCAAACUUCACCCUCGGAUACUUUGGGUACAACUACCUUCGGCACAGGUACAUGUCGCUUAGCCAGAACUACUAUUACUCGAUGCUGGUAAUGGUCGUUUCUCCCGGUGCCAAUUACGAAGCCUUCGAGAAACUUCUUCUACCCUUCAACAAUCCGCUAUGGUUGGCUUUCCUGCUAUGUCUACUUUCAGCGCUAGCUAUUAUUUUCUGCAUCGAGAGGUUCCCAGCUCUCGUAAAAGACUUCGUGUUUGGACGAUCAAUUCACAACCCAUCGUUGAACCUGUUCAACGUCCUUUUCGGUGGUUCGAGUUACAAACUACCGGGUCGCAACUUCGCCCGUUAUCUGCUGAUGAUGUGGAUCCUGUACUGCCUUAUCCUACGAACCAUCUAUCAACAGGCUCUCUUCAACUUCCUUCAACAAUCGCCGAUUCAUCUGGCUGCUGCCACCCUACCCAAGUUCAUCGAGUCCAAUCUUCCGGUGUACGUAAUCCCUAGCGAAGUCUACGUCUUCAACCAGAUGCCCGAGCUACGUCAAAGACUUCGCAUAAUCCCAACCAGCAAAAUCGACACUUACGACACCGCCCUUCGCCAGGGAAAACUUCAAGGUGGUCGCCUGUCCAACUAUGAGAAGGUCCUCUUCGACAACUCCCAACUCAAGGAUCGCUACUACUAUCUGAUGUUGAAGCAGCAGCUUGCCAACUAUCCUAUCUGCGUUGGGCUCAGGUUGAACUCGUGCCUCACCAAGCCCUUCGACGAUGCCAUAUUAAGGCUAGAGUCAACCGGGUUGACGCAAGCUUGGGUGAAGAAGUUUGUCGAUCGCAAAUACGGCACCGUGCGGGAAGCGUCCACAGAUGAACCGCGCAAGAUCACGCUGGUUCAGUUGUUGGGAGCGUUUCAAGUGUGGUUGAUUGGGUUGGGACUGGCCGUUGUUUCUUUUGCGCUAGAGUGCGUUUGGGUAAACUUUAACAAUAUGUGUACUCUACAUUAA